GAGGGAGAGAAAGAGAACUCAAGAAAGAAAGAAAACACGGAAUCGGAAACGAUGACAGCGAUCACCCUCCUAGCCUCCUUCUCCUUCUCGCUGCUCGGCUACUUCCUCACCAGCUCACUCAUCCCACGACUAUCAGCCACACUCAUCUCCGCCGGACUCAAGGGGAAAGACCUCCUCAAGGGAAACUCAACCGGCGGCGGCGACUUCCAUCAUCAUCCCCGCUCUUCUUCUUCUUCAUCUAAAACAACAACAGCAAACACGCCCGAACAACCUGGCUCAGAUCAGCAUCAGUUCAUCCCAGAAUCGACGGGCCUGAUAGCAGGAAGCGUCUACGUGUUGAUCCUCUGUCUAUUUGUGCCGAUCCCAUACUACACCCAUCUGUUGCCGGACAGCUUUCUGCCGGGCUCGACGGCCUUCUUCACGAGUGGUCCGGCCAGUCCAGGGCCAGGGCCGGCCGGGGACGCCCAGGCCGCCAGACCGCCGUUCCCGCUCUCCAGUCUCACCGCUCAUCUCGCGAGCAUCCUCUCCCUCCUUUCUGCCGUCUUCCUCGGCUUCCUCGAUGACGUCUUCGAUAUUCGUUGGAGAUUUAAACUCCCUAUUCCCAUUAUCGCUUCCGUCCCUCUCUUGACAGUCUAUGCCGCCUCGUCCGGGAGCACGGAUAUCAUCAUCCCUCAUAUCUUCGGCCUUCGAGCGUUGUUUGGCGUCGCAAUGACCAACGGAUUAUUGAGCAUAGGACCAUUAUAUUACCUAUACAUGUCGAUGUUAUCGACGUUUUGCACGAACAGUAUCAACAUUUUAGCGGGCAUCAAUGGGGUCGAAGUGGGCCAAUCGCUGAUCAUCUGUCUGUCGAUCAUCUGCAACGAUCUGCUCUACAUCCAUCUCGACCUCGCCGAGCUCGGGCUCCCGCAUCGGCUCUCAUUCGGCUUCGCUAACGGCUCCAAAGCCCUCGAGGAUCGCCAUCUGUUCUCCCUCUGCUUGAUGUUGCCCCUCUUCGCCGUCAUGCUCGCGUUGAUCAAAUUUAAUUGGUAUCCAGCUAGAGCGUUUGUUGGAGACACGUUUUGUUACUUCGCCGGAAUGGCGUUCGCGGUCGUUGGAAUCCUGGGCCAUUUCUCGAAGACCUUACUGUUAUUCUUCAUCCCGCAGAUCCUGAACUUCCUAUAUUCGAGUCCGCAACUAUUUGGGAUCCUGCCGAUAUCUCGGCACCGCUUACCGUCGCGGGAUCCGGUCAAGAACGUCUUAAAACCGUCGAUCGUGCUCUUCAAGACCCCUCUGCCUGCCUCACCGACUCUGAAAUCGUCCCUCUUGAAGGCUUUCGAAACGCUCAGAUUGAUCCAAUUGGUCCGAAAUAAACACAAUCUCGUCGUCGGCUGUUCUAAUCUCACUCUCUUGAAUCUGGCCCUCAUUUGGCUCCCUGGGCUCAAUGAACGCCAGCUCUCCUCAACCAUCCUCGCCUUUCAGUUCUUCUCGAACUUCUUCAUCGGCUUCUUUAUUCGCUACUUUCUUGCUGACUUGUUCUAUGAUCCGCGGCUUCGAUAAAGUUACCUUUCCCACUCUCGUACUACUUCUCAAUAUCUCUUAUUCUCAACUCGGGUUUCCCUUUCCCCUUCUUGUCUCGUUUAUUUCACUUUUUUUUUUUUGUUCCCAACGAAAACCCAAAAUCAUGAUCUCUC